CUGCUCGCACACACCCAUCAUUCCAGCAAGUGGUCUUUCUGCAUCUACCUUUACAAACCACGACUGUACUUGACAAAGACGUCCACUCAGCCUCAGAGAAUUCCCCUUGCUCUCUACCAUCAAUAUGGCCUCGUCCAACACAAAGACUGCACACCGAUCCAUCCUGGCGUCCGAGGCUGCUGUGCCAAAGGACCUCCUACCACCUCCAGGAUCCAUUGCCAUUCUGCCCACCGAUGACCCCUUCUACUCCUACCACGUCAAGAACAUCCUCGACAAUGUCCCCGGUGCAAAGGUCGAGGAGCUCUCCAAGGAUACGCGCGCCAUUGUCUGGCUUGACGUGAGAGGUCCGCCCGCUGCUGAGAGGUUGGGCAAGAUCCUCGAUGACAACCCACAGAUUGGCUGGGUACAGCUGUGCCAGGCCGGUAUCAACAACAUCGUACCCCUUUUUGAGAGACACGGAAAGAAGGUCUGGACGAGUGCAAAGGGCUCAUUCGGACAACCCGUAGCAGAGCAUGCUCUCAUGCUGACGCUAUCCCUCCUACGCAAUCUACCGAAGCGCGUCCGAGCUACCUCUUGGGGCACUCCCUCUGGUAUCUCCCUCUUUGGCCAGCGGGUGACCCUCGUAGGAGCAGGAGGCAUCUCCCUCUCCCUCAUCUCCUUGCUCGAGCCCUUUAACGUAAAGGUGACUGUGCUGCGACGCAAGGCCGAGCCUCUGGACCCCUCUGCCGUACCUUCGAGCUUCAAGGACGGCGAGAACCUCAUCGUCAGGUCCUUCAAGGAGCUCCAUUCCGUCUUGCCCGAGACUGAUGUGCUGGUCAUUGCCGCUGCGCUUACACCCGACACCCGCAACAUGAUCGGCGAAAAGGAGCUCGCGCUACUCCCUCAGAAUGCAGUGCUGGUCAAUGUCGCCCGAGGAGAGCUAGUGGACACCGAUGCCCUCACCGCCUCUCUCCGCAAGGGCAGCUUCGCCGGUGCAGGCCUCGAUGUGACAGCCCCCGAGCCGCUGCCAGCAGAUCACCCACUGUGGAGUCUGCAGAGGGACUCUGGUGCUUCUUUCGACAAGGAGCUCGAGCCUGACCAGAAGGGCAAUCUGAUCAUCACCCCUCACACGGCUGACACGCCAGACAUGAUUGCACCUCUGCUUGCGGCAAGGUUCGCUAGGAAUGCAAAGGCACUGUUGGAUGGAAAGGGUGCCUUUGAAGGCUUGGUAGACACAGUCAAUGGCUACUAAUGGGCUAUCUGGAAGAGUCUACAACACGCUAGAUGGUACUCUCACGGCAUCAUAGCUCAAUACCAAAACUUUCACUUCCGCUUCGCUCAUGUGUGACAAUGACCUUGACGACGAGAAAGGAUGAGGAUGACGCUAGGUACCAAUUGAAUUCUGACUAGCCCCUUCCCACCAUGCUCGGCAUUCCCGAGGCAAGAAUGGUGACCCAGAGUUUGCUGACCUCCAAUGGCAGCUCGGCGAUGCUCCUGACCUCUGCAGCUACAAUAUCCCUGGAGAUGACGGGCUCGUGCUUGAAGGAUCCAUCGGCCUGCUUCACGCCUGGUCCCGUAGUCAUCUUGGUCGUCAUGUCUGAA